AUGAGCACGGCCAACAGCAACGUCGAGCUCCUCGCGGCGCUGGUGGACCUGGACGACGCCGACGCCGGCGAGUACCGCUUCCUCGUCGACGGCCGGCACGUCAAGUACGUGACGGUCGAGCCGGGCGCGCUGCCCAAGGACGACCGGACGUUUGCGCCCGUCCUCAUCCCGCUGCUGCCGGCGUUCCCCGCGGGCGACUGGAACGAGGGCCGCGUGCGCAAGGAUGAGCGCACGGGGAAGCUGGCCUUCGCCAAUCUCGACAAGAGCCGGCUCCCGGGCAUCGGGAACGUGUGGCACGGCACCAAGGUCGACCACCUGGAGCUCAAGAAGGUCGCCGGCGUGCGCCAGACGCUGCACCGAGUCACGCACCCGCGCUUCGACCGGCCCAUGCUGGCCAAGUUCGCCCAGUUCCCGUGGGAGAUUCCCUACUUCGCCGCCGAGACCACGUCGUACGAGUGGAUCCACAACCGGGGCGUCGGCCCCGAGUUCCUCGGCCACAUCCACGAGGACGGCCGCGUCAUCGGCUUCCUGCUCGAGGAGAUCCCCGGCGUGCGGACGGCCGAGCCCGGCGACCUGGCCGCGUGCCAGCGCAGCCUGGAGCGGCUGCACGCGCUGGAGAUUAAGCACUGCGACAUCAACAAGCACAACUUCCUGAUCCGCGAGGACAACGAGGCCGUGCUGAUCGACUUUGAGACGGCGCAAAAGUGCGCAGACGUAGAGCAGCUCGACGCCGAGUAUCAGAGCCUCCAGGAGUCGCUGGCGGAUACAUCGGGGAGGGGAGGGGCCGGGAUGGCGAGUGAUUCAAGUUCGGACUGA